AUGCUCGCACCUCGGGCGCCUGAGGGUAGAGAAGCGGGAUUGUGGAGGUGGGGGGGAAGCCGUCGCUGGGUGGAGAAAUUCCAGGCACGCUCGCUGCGGUGUGUGUGUGUGCGCACAGCCCACCCUCCCGCGGGGCCAGGCGGCGGCAGAGCCCCUCCAUAUGCGGCGGGGAAGCGCCGGCCGUCCUCGCGCUUCCCAACAAAGUUGGCGGGCCCGGGGGCAGCCAUGGAGGAGCCCUUCAGCCCAGAGCCGCCGCCGGCCGCCAGCAACCUCUCGAGCGGGAUCGUGUCGGCGCCCGGCGGCCGCUGGGCCCCUCCCAGCGAGCAGGCGCGGGUGGCGGCGGCGGCCGCCGUGCUGCUGCUCGCCGUGGCGGGCAACGGGCUGGUGCUGCACCGGCUCCGCGGCUGCUGCGGGAGCGGGCGGCGGCGGCGCCGCAAGAUGGACUUCCUCAUCGCGCACCUGGCGCUGGCCGACCUGUACGGCUGCGGCCUGAGCCUGCUGGCGCCCGAGCUGCUGGCCGCGGCCCCCUGGCCGGCGGGGGACGCCGCCUGCCGCCUGCUCCGCCUGCUGCAGGGCUCGGGCCCGGCCGCCUCGGCACACGUGCUGGUGCUGCUGGCCCUGGAGCGGCAGCACGUGGUGAGCCGGCCCGCGCGCCCGCCGCUGCCCUCCCGCGCCCUGGCCGCGCUGGGCUGGGGGCUGGCGCUGCUGCUCGCCCUGCCGCACGCCUUCGCCUUUGGGCUGGCGGCGGCGCCUGGCGGCGCGCGCUGCCUCUGCACCCUGGAGCGGCCGCCGCGCUGGCCCGCCCGGCUCUUCGCCGCCUACGGGGCCGUCAGCGGCUUCCUGGCGCCUGCCGCGCUCCUGGCCUGGGCGUACGGCCGCAUCGUCCUCGCCGCCGGGCAGCAGCAGCGCCCGGGGCCGGAGCUGGGGCCGCCUGCGCCCAUGCCCCGCGCGCGGGUGAAGACGCUGCAGCUGACGCUGGUGCUGAUGGCGCUGUUUGCGCUGUGCCGCCUGCCCCGCUGCCUGCUGCAGCUCGGCCGCGCCCUCGGGGCGGCACGGGGCGGGCCGCCGGCCACGCUCCGCAUCGUGGCGGCAGCCAACAGCGCGCUCAACCCCUUCGCCUACCUGCUCUUCCAGAGCCAGCGGCCCUGGGCGCGCCGCCUGCAGCGCAGCCUCUGCCCUGCCGCGCCCGCCCCACCCUGCUGCCGCCGCUGCUGCCUGCGCCUCGACGGCCCGGCCCGCCGCCGCGCCCCGCACCGGCCCCGGCCCCGCCCGCCGCCCCAGCCCCAGCCCGCCGGCGACAGCGGCCUCUGAGGGGACGGGAGACGAGACGGGCUGUGACCCGGACACCAGUCGCAGCUCGGCCUUCGUGCGCCCCCCUCGCGUGGUGCCUGUGCCCCAGCUCCUCUUGAGAAGAAAGCUGCUGUGCGGGGCUGCCCCAUUUUCCUUGCUUGUGUGCCACCUGCAGGCAGCCCCCGCCCCACCCUGGUUGUGCUCUGUGCCUUCUUGUGGUAACUUCUUUGUAAAUGAAAUAAAGCAAGGAAUGCGUGA